UGCAAAUACAAAAAACAAAACUCAAAUCGGAUCCUCCGUCAUCGGACAGUGAAGAAACACACAAACUCUGUUUUUUUUCUCUCUCAAUUAAAAUCCCAAUUCGAAACCCUAACCAUCAAUUUUUCUCGAAGAAAUGAGCAACGACGAUGGCACCACCGUGGAGAUCACCCACAAAACCAUCGGCCCAUCUCGUCCGUCUCGAAUUCGAGUGGCGUCUCGUAUCAAAGUUCGUGAUUUGAGGAACGCGAUUGCGGAAAAGGGUCGGUUCCCCGUCACGAAUUUGAGGAUGAUUCUCCGUGGGAAGGCACUGCAAGACGAGGAAGAUGGAGAGGAUGUAUACGUCACGCUCAAGGACGAAGAUUCCUUAACCGUUGCUGUGAUACCAAAAAGACCAGUUGGAGUUGAGACAUACGAUGAUGAUGAUGAUGACGAGGAACUGAAGUUUAAGCUCCCACCAUCAGCAAGCAGGUGGAAGAGGAAGCUUUACUACUUUCUUCGUAACAAGUUGAAGCUUCCCGAUAUCAUUCUUAUGGGGCUUUUCUCGUUAAGUCUGAAGAUGUGGGCUAUUAUCACCUUGUGGUUUAUCUUGGCUCCUAUUGCCCAUCGUUGGGAACUAGGCCCUAUCUUUUUACUAGGGACUGGCUUCUCAAUCAUCUUACUCAAUCUUGGUAAACGACAACCCGGUGAUGUCAGACAUAAGGAAUAACAAAAGCUUAGGAUUCUGGAAGCAUAUGAUUCUUCAAGUAGUCUAAUCAGCUGGAAAGUGGAAUCCUCCUAUAUUGACUUUCGAGUUGUGAAAAUAUCUUCUCUUUGGAUUACAAGGAACUGAAUAAGUUCGGUGUCUUUCUUUGGCAGUGCAUAUUCCAUAUUCAACGAGGACUUUAGAGAGCUUCCAGGUACAUAUAAUGCAGAGCGUAUAGACCGUGACAUACGAGCAGGCCAUAUAUGAUGCAAGAUUGCACAUUGGCAUGACUAAGGUUAACAUCAACGGUGGAACAGAACUUAUAGCCAGUAUGCAACCCAAAGAAAAAGAUCAGAUGUUUUUUGUCCCAUCAGAUUGAGACAACACAAAGCAUCACAGUACUUGUACAUGAGAUCUAAUUUUGAUAUCGCAACAUUAUAAUAUUUUCAAAAAUAUGUAUGAUAUCAUACUUUCUGUCAUAUUAUUAUUAUUAUUAUUAUUAUUAUUAUUAUUAUUAUUAU